UGCAAACUCACAACGCUGCGCAUGCUCACAAGUAUACUGCUACUUCUACCAUUUCCUGUUUGAUGCUUAGUGGCAAAGAUGGCAGAAGUAAAACCUUUGAUUUGUCGAGUCAUUAUCACGGUUCUUUUAAGUUCCUCUGUUUUUGCAUUCGUGGAGGACCUCGAUGACACGUUUAAAGACAACAGAAUGGAAGAUGUCUGGCUGGUGGAUUUUUAUGCUCCUUGGUGUGGAUACUGUAAGAAGUUGGAACCAAUCUGGUAUGAAGUUGGAGCUGAGCUAAAGAACUCGGGCUCACCAGUUCGAGUGGGAAAGAUGGAUGCCACUGCAUAUUCAGGCAUGGCUUCUGAGUUUGGAGUACGAGGAUAUCCCACAAUAAAACUACUAAAGGGGGAACUUGCUUAUAAUUACAAAGGACCCAGGACCAAAGAUGACAUCAUUGAGUUUGCCAACAGAGUUGCUGGGCCCUCUGUGCGGUCACUCCCAAGCAGACAGAUGUUUGAGCACGUCUUGAAGAGGCACAAUGUACUAUUCGUGUACAUAGGGGGAGAGUCACCACUUAAGGAGAAGUACUUGGAUGUGGCUUCUGAACUUAUUGUUUACACCUACUUUUUUUCGGCCUUUGAGGACAUCAUACCUGAGCAGUAUGUAACAUUAUCUGAACUGCCUUCUGUGGUUGUGUUCAAGGAUGGGACUUAUUUCACUUACGAUGAGUAUGAAGAUGGCAGCUUGACAUCAUGGGUGAACAGGGAACGUUUCCAGAGUUACCUGCAGAUUGAUGGCUUUACACUCUAUGAGCUGGGGGAGACUGGUAAAUUGGUAGCAAUUGCCAUCAUUGAUGAAAAGGUUUCAACAGAAGAAAGUGUGAGGUUAAAGAGUCUCAUACAGAGAGUUUCAACAGAGUACAGGGACAUCUUCAACAGGGAUUUCCAGUUUGGCCAUAUGGAUGGUAAUGACUACAUCAACAGCCUAAUAAUGGGUGAGGUGGUUGUGCCAUCUAUCAUUGUUCUCAACACAUCUAAUGAGCAGUACUUUCUGCCCAGCGAGCCCAUGGACAGUCUGGAGCAACUGAUCACCUUUAUCCGGAGUGUCCUGGAUGGCACAGCUCAGGCUUAUGGAGGCGAUGGAUUUUUCCAGAGACUCAAGCGUGUGGUCUAUGAUGCUAGAUCCACUAUCAUGUCUGUUUUCCGCAGUUCCCCAGUGCUGGCCUGUUUCCUCUUUGGCCUGCCAUUAGGGGUCAUUAGCCUCAUGUGCUAUGGCAUAUGCACAGCUGAGGCAGACGAUGACGCAGAGCUGUCAAAGCGAGGUGGACAGACCGAUGAGGAAGAGGAAGAUGAGGAAGAAGAUGCGAGUCGCUGUCUGGCUGCACACCUGAAGGGGCCAGGAGAGGAUGAUCAGGCAGAUGAAGAGUUAGAGGAAAAGAGCACAGCUGAGAAAAAGCUUGAUUAACAUAGGGGAGAUGUGUGAAUGAAAAGAAGGAUGAGAACAGUAAUACAGACAUUAAACAUUUAAAACAGUUUUCAAUUUUUUAAAACUCCAUGUAUGGUUUAAAAGGUCAUUUUUACAAUUGAUGACUGUUCAUGAGCAUUACAGAAAUAUGAGGCUAAUAUAGGUAAUUUCAGACUUGUAACCCUGGGGUUUAUCUAAACAACAAAUGAACUGUCAUUUCUGAUGAUGAAAACUAAAGACUUAAAAUUGUAAAAGUCAUCAUUUAUUAUGUUUUAUAUGCUACAGAUCAUCCUUUUGAGUGUUUUUGUUCAGCAAUUUGUUUAUCCAUGUAUCCACUGAGCUAACUGCUCUUCCUUUAGUUUACUGCUUUGGUGUUGAUGAUAGCUAUGUUAGAUUUAAUUAAUAGCUGUUUUUUUAUCUAGCUUAGUUAAUCCCCUGCCUUAAAUCAGGAGUAUCAUUUUUGAUUACAAAAAGACUCAGGGUUCAUGGUAAUCAAGGUUUCAAAUGUAGCAUAAUUUCCCUGCUAAAAACACACAAAGUAAUAAUCUUAAAAAGCUGUAAAGGUUAAAAUUACUCAAAAGACAGUUGGCAUAUUUAGUAAGCAUGUACUUAACCGUGUGUGGACCGAACAGUUAUUAAAUCAAUUAAAUACAAACAUUGCAUACAAGGUUUAGGAACCUAUUUAACAUAAAACAGUUGAAUUGGCUUUUUACUUUCAGACGGCCAUCUUCAUCGUGGCAAUGGUAACUUUUUAGUCUUGGUUUUGCAUUUUGUAUAUGCCAAAUUAGGCCUAAUAAGACCAACCUCCUUUAUACACAAGUUCGCUGCACACCCCAUUGCCAGUAAAUGAAAUUUUUGCAAAGUAGUAGAAGCAGUUAUGGUUUGGGUUUGGACAACAGUUAAUGUUUAAAGCCUUUUUGUGACAUUUAAAUUUUAACAAAAUAGACUUUACAUUUUAGAACACAGGUUUUCAGGAUAAAAUGUUUAAAAUGGUGAUUUGGAUAGUUUACUUUUUAUGCCUGCAUAUGUACGUUUAGUCUUUUCGUUAUGUUUUUGGCUUAGAAAUAAAAAUUAUGGGUGACACAAAUGUCAAUGUACUGCAUAAACAUAGUUUAUUGUAUGCAAUGAAAGAUUUCCUGAGAAUGUGAAGUCCAUUUGUUACCUGUUAAAUAAACAUUUUGACAAAG